UCUCUCUCUCUCAUUCAUCAUCAUUAUCGUCGCUGUUAUUGUCAAAAGGCUUUGCUUUCGGUCCGAUUUUGCUCUUUUUGUUCCCGGGAGAGAGCGAGGGUGGGUUUUCUUCUCUGCUUCUUUUGGCAAAUGCGUGAAAAUUGAGAGUGAGACAGUGAGUCUUAUUCACAGCACGCGUGGCUUUGUUUCGACUUUCGAGAGAGCGAGCAGUAGGCCUCCGCCUCUGGGCCUCUGGGGAGAAAGAUGAGGGUGAGGAAUUUGGUGGCGGUGUUGCUCUUUGUGACGGUGAUUGCUCCGAUUGUGCUUUACACUGACCGCCUCGCCACUUUUAAGACCUCUUCCACUAAAGACGAAUUUAUUGAAGAUGUUCCAAGUGUUACUUUCAAUAGCCAUAACCAGCAUCUAAAUCUGCUACCCCAGGAAUCGUCAAAUAGCCUUAAAGAACCGAUUGGAAUCGUAUAUUCAGAUAACUCUAUCAAAUCUCUUCCAAAUUCUGCUGCUUCAGCCCAACAGCGCCCCGCCCUCAUUGGGCUUUCAACGCAAGCGGAAUCGAGGGACCAUAAAUCUACUAGAGUAUUAUCUACUACGGAUGAGAAAGAUCAGGAUCAACAUCAAUCUCAAAGAGAAAACCCCAUCAGGGAGGUCACUGAUGGACUUGUGCAAGGAAAUGACCACAAGUCUGAUGCAGCCACUGAAAGAAAGGAAAUUGGGGAAGAUGCAAUUGAUGCCGGCGACAAGGCUGACCCAUUAUCAGAUAAUUCCUCUCAAAAUAUGGAAAUAAAGCGGGAGCGGCUAUCCUCUCAAACCCCAAGCAAGGUUGGUAGGAAAGAACCCAUAAAAUCUGACACCCGCAAACAGAAUGAUCAAACAGCUAUACCAGAUGCUCGGGUGCGGCAACUUAAAGACCAGCUCAUCAGGGCUAGGGUUUAUCUUUCCCUCUCUGGCACGAGAAAUAAUCCCCACUUUAGUAGGGAGCUCCGAGGGAGGUUAAAGGAAGUUCAGCGAGCACUUGGGGAUGCUAGCAAGGAUUCUGAACUGCCAAGGAAUGCCUAUGAAAAAUUGAAGGCAAUGGAGCAAACAUUGGUCAAAGGAAAGCAGAUUCAAGAUGAUUGUGCAGCUAUGGUGAAGAAGCUGAGGGCUAUGCUCCUCUCAGCAGAAGAGCAGCUCCGGGUGCACAGAAAGCAGAAUGUGUUCUUGUCACAAUUAACUGCAAAAACGCUUCCGAAAGGUCUGCAUUGUCUUCCACUGCGCCUUACAACGGAGUAUUAUACCUUGGAUUCUUCUCAACAGCACUUUCCAAAUCAGGAGAAAUUAGAAGACCCUCAGUUGUACCACUAUGCUUUAUUUUCUGAUAACGUAUUGGCAGCAGCAGUUGUUGUAAACUCAACUGUUACACAUGCUAAGCACCCUUCGAAGCAUGUGUUUCACAUUGUUACUGACAGGCUCAAUUAUGCGGCAAUGAGGAUGUGGUUUCUGGUAAAUCCACCAGGCAAAGCCACUAUCCAGGUUCAGAACAUAGAAGAAUUUACAUGGUUAAAUGCAAGUUAUAGUCCAGUUCUCAAGCAGUUGGGUUCUCAGUCCAUGAUAGAUUAUUACUUCAGAGCUCAUCGGGCCAAUUCUGAUUCGAAUUUGAAAUACCGGAACCCAAAAUAUUUAUCUAUCCUCAAUCAUCUUCGGUUUUACCUGCCUGAGAUCUUCCCAAAGCUCAACAAAGUGCUGUUCUUGGAUGAUGAUGUAGUUGUUCGGAAGGAGCUCACUGCCCUUUGGUCCCUUGAUUUAAAGGGGAAUGUUAAUGGUGCUGUAGAGACUUGUGGAGAGAACUUCCAUCGUUUUGACCGGUAUCUGAACUUCUCAAAUCCUCUUAUCUCAAGGAAUUUUGACCCUCAUGCUUGUGGAUGGGCGUAUGGAAUGAAUAUAUUUGAUUUGGAGGAAUGGAAGAGGCAAAACAUCACAGGGGUGUACCACUCAUGGCAGAAGCUGAAUCAUGACAGACAGUUGUGGAAGUUGGGAACCUUGCCACCUGGUCUCAUAACAUUUUGGAAGCGCACUUAUCCACUUGAUCGACCCUGGCAUGUGCUAGGCCUUGGUUACAAUCCUAGUGUCAACCAGAAGGAAAUUGAAAGAGCAGCUGUCAUACACUUCAAUGGGAACCUGAAACCAUGGCUUGAGAUAAGCAUACCCAAGUAUCGGAACUACUGGACAAGAUACAUUGAUUAUGAACAUAUAUAUUUGCGGGAGUGCAACAUUAAUCCAUAAAAUGGUCCUCGUUUUUUUUCUAAUCUUUGACAAGAUAAGCCAUACCCAAGCAGCUGUCCUCAACAAUAUCUAUGUGGCCAUUCAAUUUUACAGGUCUGCGUCCCUCUCUGUGUUAGGGUUUUUUUUUUUUUAAUCUUAUGAAUUUAAUUCUUUCUGCAUACAUUUUAAUUUACUUUUCUUUUUCUUUUUAUUUUUUAAAUAUUGAGUUAGAAGAGUGGGGAAGGCCUAAUGCGGGGAUGCAUUUAGUUUUGGUAUCCUAAGUUACUUAUCUGCAGAACGGCAGGUGUAUUUUGUAAAUGAUAUAAAGCUAGAUUUUUGGGUAUCAUUAAAGAGUGUAUGUCAUCUUCUCGUGGUCAUCAUGUAUAUGAUUUUCUCUUAGAUUGCAGUUCUUAAGCAGACUUGCA